AUGCUUAAUAAAAAUAUAAUUUUAUUCGAUCAAUCUAAAAAAGAAAAUUAUCGAUUAAAUACACAUUUUAAAACGAUUCAUAGAAAAUUAAAAGACGAUUGGAAUGUUAUAGUUAACAAAGAAAAAAUAUCAUCGUCGAUAUUGGAAAAUAUUAAACUGGUCGUAAUCACGGGUCCAAACGAUAAUUUCACUGAACAUGAAAUCCUUUGUCUUAAAUCAUUCAUAGAAGAUGGCGGAAGCGUUUUGGUUACCCUUGGAGAAGGUGGAGAAAAAUUAUAUCAAACUAAUAUUAAUUUUUUAUUAGAAGAAUUUGGAAUUAUGAUUAAUAGUGACUGCGUCAUGAGAACACAUUACUAUAAAUAUUUUCAUCCGAAAGAAUGUCUCAUCUCGAAUGGAAUAUUAAACAAAGCGAUAACAAAAAAUGCUAACAAGUAUAAUAUUGAUGACGACAGUGAAAAAUGUGAAAACGAAUUAUUAUCAUUUGUUUACCCAUUUGGAGCAACUCUGAAUGUGGUUAAACCUGCUAUUGCUGUUCUUUCGAGUGGAAGUGUGGCAAUACCAUUACAACGCCCUGUUUGUGCAUUUUUUAAACAAAAAGGAAAACUUGUCGUCGUUGGUUCAUCAUUGCUCCUGUCUGAUCCCUACGUCGACAAAGAAAACAAUAUGGAUGUUGCAAAUGUUAUUUUAUCAUUUCUAUUAACCGACGACGUUCAUUUGGAUCAAAUUGAUGCAGACGAUCCGGAUGUGGCGGAUUACACGUUCGUACCAAGUUUAUCGAGUUUGGUUGGAAAACCCAGAGUUUGCCUACAGCGACCGACUAUUGAUUUAGAACUUGGUAAUUUUAAAACGGCAAAUGAGAAAAUGUUUUCCGUCAAUUUGGAUAAAGUUUCACUGGCGUUAGAAGGAUACCAGGUUUUAGGUUUGAAACACGAACCUUUAACUCUCAUCACUCCCGAAUUUGAAACUCCAUUACCGGCACUACAACCGGCGGUGUUUCCACCCGUUUUGAGAGAACUCCCACCGCCACCCCUUGAAUUAUUCGAUUUGGACGAGGCAUUCAGUUCGGAUAAAACAAGAUUGGCACAAAUCACGAAUAAAUGCAUGCCGAAAAAAGAAGAUGAUGAUGAUAAUUACGACGAAGAAAAUAAUUUAAUUUACUACAUACAAGAAUGCACUCAAAUCGUUCGACCCUAUAAUGACAUAACCGAAUAUUCAAAUCCGAGGCAGAUACUACACGAUCUCGCUGUGGAAUUAAGAGAAGACCCCAACGCAGAAGAGAAGACCCCAACGCAGAAGAGAAGACCCCGACGCAGAAGAGAAGACCCCGACGCAGAAGAGAAGACCCCAACGCAGAAGAGAAGACCCCGACGCAGAAGAGGAGACCCCGACGCAGAAGAGGAGACCCCGACGCAGAAGAGAAGACCCCGACGCAGAAGAGAAGACCCCAACGCAGAAGAGGAGACCCCGACGCAGAAGAGGAGACCCCGACGCAGAAGAGGAGACCCCGACGCAGAAGAGAAGACCCCAACGCAGAAGAGAAGACCCCAACGCAGAAGAGGAGACCCCGACGCAGAAGAGGAGACCCCGACGCAGAAGAGGAGACCCCGACGCAGAAGAGGAGACCCCGACGCAGAAGAGGAGACCCCGACGCAGAAGAGGAGACCCCGACGCAGAAGAGGAGACCCCGACGCAGAAGAGGAGACCCCGACGCAGAAGAGAAGACCCCAACGCAGAAGAGGAGACCCCAACGCAGAAGAGGAGACCCCGACGCAGAAGAGGAGACCCCGACGCAGAAGAGGAGACCCCGACGCAGAAGAGGAGACCCCGACGCAGAAGAGGAGACCCCGACGCAGAAGAGGAGACCCCGACGCAGAAGAGGAGACCCCGACGCAGAAGAGAAGACCCCGACGCAGAAGAGGAGACCCCGAGGGUGAGGUGUGA